AUGGUAUCUGGUGGGAUCCCUGAGAGGUUUCAUUGGGUUGGACAGACAGAAAUCCGGCAACGUGCUGUAAAGCAUGGAACAAUCGAUUUCACUAAUCAAUUACAAGACAACAACAACAACGUGCUUUAUGUGCUAAAACACAAAAACAAAAAUAUAUAUAUAUAUAAUAAUGAUAUUGCAAUAAAAUCGAGUAUUUAAAUAAUAUAAAAAAGUUUAAAAUGAAACUUUGAUGAAACGAUAAAUAAAAUUGAUUUACAUAUGGAGUUGAUAAAAAUGGUGCCAUAAGUCAAAACUGGUAGAGUGAGGGACGUGACGCCGGCAACUACACAAUUGUAUUUUCGUAUACCUUUUCGUAGUAAGAUAUAGAAGUUUGUGUCCUGUAAAAAAUAAUCAUUGAUUCUGUUUGAGAAUGAAAUUAUCAUUUAUAUUAUAAUUCUAAUCAAAUGAUUAUAAAAUGUCUGAAUCUUGUGAAAAAAAGACUGAUGAUAAGAAUCAGAAUUUUGUUUUACCUCCAAUAACACUUCAAGAAUUAAUUAAAGAAGAUAAUUUUUGUCUUGAAAAAGCACAAGAUGGUAAUAAAUCUACAGAUUCAUUUGAAUGUAAUAAUGAGACUAAAUCAGAAGAACUUGAUUAUUUAAAUAAUUCUGAUUCAGAUCAUCAAGAAAAUUCAUUUUUUACAUCUGAAUCUUAUGAAAAUGAACUUAUUUGUGAUAAAAGUGUUGAAAAUCAUUCAAAGUUAUCAAUAAACGAAAAGAGUACUAUAGAAUCAACAGAGUCACAGUGUAAUGAUGAUGAUUCUUCCUUUGUUGAAAAUUCUGAAAAUGAUAAUCUCAAUGAUUCUAAUUUUUGUGAAGCAAUUAGUCAAGAUGAAGCUAGGUCUACAAGUAGUAAUAACAGUACAGAAAGUUCUGAUGAUGAUGAUUAUAAUUGUAUACCAGAUGUACCAAAACCAUCUCAUAAAUGGAAUGCAUGUAAAGAAGUACUUAACAGACAGUAUGGAACAUCAAAUCGUUAUAUUAAUGAUUUAUUUAGAUUACGUAAUUAUGGAAGCCUUUACACUGUGGAACAUUUACAAUUGUUCACUAAGUUAGCAUGUCAUGAAGGAUGUGUGAAUGCUCUACAUUUUAAUAAUACAGGCAAUAGAUUAGUUAGUGGCUCUGAUGAUUUAAAUAUAGUAAUAUGGGACUGGGCAAAAAGUACAUCUGUCCUCUCAUAUGAAAGUGGCCAUCGAAAUAAUGUUUUUCAGGCAAAAUUUUUACCUUUAUGUGGUGAUUGUCAUAUUGUAAGUUGUGGAAGAGAUGGACAAAUAAGAUUGGGAGAAUUAUCAACAACUGGUCUUUAUGAAAACACUAAACAUUUAGCUCAACAUAGAGGUGGUGUCCAUAAGCUUGCUCUUGAAUUGGAUUCUCCUCAUACAUUUUUAAGUUGUGGUGAAGAUGCUGUAGUGUUUGAAAUAGAUCUUAGAGAAGAAAAGCCAGAAAAACUAAUACAAUGUACAGAAAAUGAGAAAAAUAUACCUCUCUACUCAGUUUUUGUGAAUCCAAACAAAUCAUAUGAAUUUGCACUUGGAGGAAGAGAUUGCUAUAUCAGAAUUUAUGACAAAAGGUAUAUUUCAAAUGAAGGAAAGCCUAUGAAUAAAUAUUGUCCAAGACAUUUAGUUGAUAGUGAUAUAAGAGCAGAUGUUACUUCAGUUGUUUAUAAUUACAAUGGACAUGAAAUAUUAGCUUCAUAUAAUGAUGAAGACAUCUAUACUUUUGAUUUAAACAAUGAAGAUGUACUUCAAUAUAAGCAUAAAUAUCGAGGUCAUAGAAAUAAUCACACAGUUAAGAAUGUUAACUAUUUUGGACCAAAGAGUGAAUAUAUUAUUAGUGGCAGUGAUUGCAGUAAUAUUUAUUUUUGGGAUUCUGACACAGAACAUAUUGUGCAAUGUCUCAAUGGUGUAGAAGCAGAUUUGGUUAACUGCCUGGAGCCACAUCCCAGUUGUCCAAUAUUGGCAACAAGUGGAUUACGUUGUGAUAUUAAAAUCUGGAUGCCAUCUUCAGAAAAUCUUCCAAAUUACGUUGCAAUAAAAGAUCAAACAAGUGCCAAUCUGAAAGAACGCCAAGAAGAGAUCAAAAGAGGAUACGUGGAUGGAAUCAACAGACAAAUGUGGUCGUUCUUUGUCCAGAACAUCCGUUUGGCGGCAAGACGAAGAGCGAGACAACGACAUCAAGACGAUUCCAAUUCCAAUGACACAGACAGCGAAGACGAACUGGAAGUUCCCCAUAUCAUUCAAUGUACACAAAGUUGAAAAAUUGCAAUUUAUUUAUUUAGAAAACAAAUGAGAUGUUC